AUGCAAACAGACGGUGCGAGCGGCAAUUGCUUUGUUCAGACAACGUUAUCGCCCGCACUCCUUCGCACUCAGCCGUUCUCAUCCACACUCCUUCGCUCUCAGCCGUACUCAUCCACACUCCUUCACUCUCAGCCGUACUCAUCCGCCCUACUUCGCACUCAGCCGUACUCAUCCACACUUCUUCGCUCUCAGCCGUACUCAUCCGCACUCCUUCGCUCUCAUCCACACUCCUUCGCUCUCAGCCGUACUCAUCCGCACUCCUUCGCACUCAGCCGUUCUCAUCCGCACUCCUUCGCUCUCAUCCGCACUCCUUCGCACUCAGCCGUACUCAUCCGCACUCCUUCGCACUCAGCCGUUCUCAUCCGCACUCCUUCGCACUCAGCCGUACUCAUACGCACUCCUUCGCACUCAGCCGUACUCAUCCGCACUCCUUUGCACUCAGCCGUACUCAUCCGCACUCCUUCGUUCUCAGCCGCACUCCUUCGCAUUCAGCCGUACUACUUCGCUCUCAGCCGUACUCAUCCGCACUCAAUUUCAACAGCUCGGCCCAUAGAGAGCUUUGCAUCAUCUCAAUAA